AAUAUUUUGUUUAUCCCCAAAAUAUACUGCAUUUAGAUUGGGCUCCCUCGUGGAAACUAUAAUGGCGAUUCAUGGACCCGAGUCUUCUCCCCGUCCCGCGAUUCAAUAUCGGUGACAUCCGCUGCAGAAGCAUAGUUCGGGAACGAGCCGCCGUCGCCUCUACGUUGAUUUUAGGCGUUAGCUGCUGAAGAAAUAUUCGAUUUCUUCCUCGCUAGAAGUUUUCUUUCCUUCUCACCUUCAAACUCAUUGCAGCAGUUCUUUACCCAGAGUUUUUCUUUCCAUAGCUGUGAACGUGAAUGGGAAAGGCUUCGAAAGAUAAAAGGGAUAUCUACUACCGGAAGGCAAAGGAGGAGGGUUGGCGGGCGCGCAGUGCGUUCAAGCUCCUCCAGAUUGAUAAUGAGUUCAGUAUUUUUGAAGGAGUGAAGCGUGUAGUUGAUCUUUGUGCUGCACCUGGUAGUUGGAGUCAGGUGUUGAGUCGAAAAUUGUAUGUUCCAUCUAAGUUGAAUCCAGAAUGUAGGAAUGGUGAUCAUCCUUUGAUUGUUGCAAUUGAUUUGCAGCCAAUGGCACCGAUAGAUGGUGUUAUUCAAGUGCAGGGUGAUAUUACUAAUGCUCGAACUGCUGAAGUGGUCAUCAAGCAUUUUGAUGGAUGCAAGGCUGACUUGGUUGUUUGUGAUGGUGCUCCGGAUGUUACUGGUCUUCAUGAUAUGGAUGAGUUUGUCCAGUCGCAACUGAUUCUGGCUGCACUAACCAUUGUAACUCAUGUGCUUCGAGUUGGAGGCAAAUUCAUUGCAAAAAUUUUUCGAGGUAAAGAUACAAGCCUCCUUUAUUGCCAGCUGAAGUUAUUCUUUCCUCGUGUCACCUUUGCCAAGCCAAAAAGCAGUCGCAAUUCAAGUAUUGAGGCCUUUGCUGUCUGUGAAGAUUAUUCCCCACCUGAAGGGUUUAACCCAAAGGAUUUGCAUCGCCUUCUUGAAAAAGUGGGAAGCCCUUGUGGAAGUGGUGAUUUAGACUGCAGCAGUGCAUGGUUGGAGGGACCAAACAAGGUUUACAUUCCAUUUUUAGCCUGUGGGGAUCUUAAUGGCUACGAUUCAGACCGGUCCUAUCCACUCCCAACCUCAGCCGGCGGUUCAUACAAGAGCUUGGACCCUGUUCAGCCUCCCAUUGCUCCUCCUUAUAAAAGAGCUCUGGAACUGAAGAAAGCUUCUAGCAGCCAUGCUAUGGCUGCAGUAGAUAUUGACAGUCUCAGUCUCAAUUAAUAUUGCCAGCUGAUUUAUCCCUUCUUUUGCUUUAAUUUAUGUAAUUUUCUUCUUCUUGUAUCUUAUUUAUAUUCUCGGAGUGACAAUUUUAAUUUCUAUGUUCUGUAAUUUAAUGCAUUGUGUGUGAGAGAAAUUUAUUCAUCGUUUUUAUCAUUGUUGUCAGUUUGAUUUAAACUAUUCGGAAUUGAUUAAUGGAUCUUCAUUUUUUUUUU